AUGCCAAAUAGGGUUUUCAAAAGAACUGAUGCUUCUAAUCCAAUGAGGACACUUCACAGAGCUAUACAACGUAUCACAGAAUCGGAUAUACAGAACAAAAAUAUUUGGAUAGAGUUGAUGGAGGGAUACCAUGAUCUAAAUUCAACGCUUGUCAUCAACAAUCGAAAUGAUUAUAGACGCAUUACUAUACGAGCGUAUCAGAACCAGAAAGUUCAUGUGACUGGAGGAAAACGAAUUCCAUCCCAUCAGUUCACCAAAGUAACUGAUCCAAACAUUUUACAAAGACUAUCAUCAGAGGCGCAAAAGCAUGUAUUACAAACGAAACUAUCAGCCGCCGGUAUAACAGACCUAGGACAGAUAGUACCAUACGGAAAAUACAUACUGCGGCAGGCUCCUUUAGAAAUAUUUGAGAAUGGGUUUCCAUUAACUCUUUCAAGAUGGCCGAACUAUGGCUUUAUCAAUAUAACAAACGUCCCAUCAGGAGAGAGAUAUAGUACAGUGUUCCAGUAUAAUAGUGACAGACCAAAGAAAUGGGCCAAUCAGUCGGAUAUCUGGGUUUAUGGACAAACGCACCCUGGUGGAGGAUAUUUCAGAUUUAUCAACAUUUUAGAUGAAAUUGAUGAACCCGGAGAAUAUUAUAUUAACAGAACUACAGGAAUGUUGUAUUUAUGGCCGGCAUUUUCUAAAGGACUCUACAGCAGUAACGACGUGAUAUAUGGUUCAAUGAUAGAUACUUGUAUACAGUUAACCAGAUACACUUCAAAUGUUAUAUUUGAGAAUUUCAUUUUGGAAGCAUGUCGUCAUUUCGGAAUCCAAGCACAGGAUUCUUCAAAUAUAACAAUUCAUAGCAUGGAAAUACGGAAUUCAGGAUCUUAUAAUGUGUACUGUAGAAAGGAUUGUAGAAAUUUUGUCAUAUCAAAGAGUUAUCUACAUGACGGUGAUGGCGGUGUUACAUUACAAGGUGGAGAUAGACCUACCCUGACGCCUUCAAACAAUUUCAUUAUUGACAGCGAAAUAUCAUUUUUUAGUCGUGUGACGUCGUCUGAUGCCAAUGCUAUAACACUAGAUGGCGUUGGUGGUCACAUCGAGCAUAAUAUAAUAUAUAGAGGACAAUAUACUGCAAUAAGAUGGACGGGUAACGACCAUAGCAUUCAAUAUAACAAUGUUUUUGAAAUCUGUAUGAAUUCGAGUGACUGUGGAGCAAUACACUCUGGAAAAGAUUGGGCAGCUCGAGGUACAGUUAUUCGAUAUAAUCACAUUCAUCACAAUCUACAAUAUUACUACGGCGCUGAUGUCCGAGGUGUGAUGUUAGAUGACCAAUUUUCAAGCGUACUGGUGGAGAAAAACGUGUUCUAUAACAACGCUGGUCAUUUGAAUAUUGGUGGAGGACGUGAUAACAUUGUACGAGAUAACAUCUUCUAUAAUUCCACCAAGUUCUCCAUCCAAGUUGAUGGCAGAGGUUCUGCUCAUAAAAAUGACAAAUCCUUGAUGGACAUCCUUAACAAACUACCAUAUAAGAAUAAAUUGUGGGCGUCGAAGUAUCCCAAGCUUGUAAAUAUUCUUAAUGAGCAUCCUGAGGAACCACGAGGUAACCAAAUAUAUAAAAAUGUCUUUUACAAUCCUGGCAAGCAAUACACAGUGAAGUGGGAUCCACACAAACCUGCAUGGUUUGAUGUCCACUCUAAUAUCAUGUCUAAUUCUACAAACGAUUUCAACUUUCCUAAACUACCAUAUGCAGACUUCCGGACUCGUUGUGCGCUGACAACAUUUGUUAAUAGAAAUCAUCUGACUAUACCAAUACUUCCGGGUCAAACUGGGCCUCGAUAUCAUGUAGGACCGCCAUUUGUCAGUAAGUAAAAGUCAACUUCAUAAAACAUUAAGAAAUUCCUGCAAUUACCAUAGUCAGGAUAAUAGGA